AUGUCUCAGCAAAACAAUAUAAAAAAACACGAUGAUCAAGAGACGUUUGCUGCAAUGAAAGAUCAGUUGAUCCAACGUAAAAAGUUACAUUAUCGUUGCCGUCACGUAACCGAUUCUAUGUGUUUGAUAGCCGUAUUUGGUUUGGUGCUGAUGAUCAUCGAUACUGAAAUGCGAUUAAAUGAAAUAGAAACAAUCAUCAUCGUCAUUAUUCGACCAUUAAUUGGUGUCUCAACGGCAAUUCUAGUCGGACUUGUAUUUUACUAUCAUUCACUUAACAUGCGGUUGUAUGCUAUCAACAAUCAUAUUGCUGACUGGCGUGUCACUAUAACGAUUUCAACAAUUGCCAUUAUCUUAUUCGAAGCUUUAGUAUGCGCUAUUCAUCCUUUUCCUUACAAAAACAAAGGACUUUCGAUAUUCACUUUGUUUAACAAAUCUGCUUGGAUUCAAAUGUUUCUUACAUUGCCAAUGUUUGCUCGUUUAUAUCUAGUUGCUCGUAGUGUAACAUUACAUUCACCACUCGUGAAUGCAGCUUCAUCACGAACUAUUGGCUAUCUCAAUCGAGUUCCUAUAACCAUUUCUUUUAUACUUCGAGCAUUGUUACAAACUUACCCAGCUGGUAGUUGGACAUGUGUCAUGGUCAUAACAUUACUUAUUGCCACUUGGGCAUUACGUGCGUGUGAAGCAGCUAUGUGGCUACCGAAAAUUUCUGUAUCACCACAACCAAACGACUCUACAUCGACGUUCAGCAGUGCAGUAUGGCUCACAAUAGUAACAUUCACUACUGUCGGAUACGGUGAUGUUACACCCCGAACUUACUGUGGUCAAGGUGUAUCUACCAUUACUGCUUUUUUUGGAGUGUUUGCUUCGGCUGUUCUGAUUGCUGUGUUUACAAACAAGAUCGCAUUAAAUCGAUCUGAACAAAGCGUGCUCGAUUUUGUUAACCAAAUCAACCGAGCCCGAGCAUAUCGAGAGAAGACUGUGCGAAUCAUCCAGUACUCGUUUCGAGCAUGGUUUCUAAAAAGAAAUGGUCAUCGUUAUCGAGCAACAUUUAACUCCCUUUAUCGUUUACACUCCGCUCUUGAGGAUUCACGUGAGAUCAAACAAGAACAACGAAAUGCAGUGAAUGGUACUGAAUCAUUACUGACAAUGCUCAGCGAUGUACAUGACGAGCAGAGAAACAAUGAUAAGUCACUUACAAAACUCAAAAAUCAUAUUGUGCAUCUCGAAGAGAAGAUAAAUGGAUUAGAAAAUAAAUUAGACGUUAUCGUAAAUAUGUUAUCGAAGAAUUCUCCUUCAACAUAA